CUUUACGAAAUUGGAAACUAUAAUUUAUUACUUAUUGCUUUUUAGGACGUUUUUGAGCUGGAAGUUUUGCAUUUGUUUGUAGGUUUGUUUAUUACAAUAUUGGUAUUUGCAUUUGAAGUUUUGCGUUCGUUUUUAGGUUUGUUUAUUGCAAUAUUGGUUUGUAUCAUUAGUUUAUUAUACACAGAGUGUAAAAAUCGUGUACAUCUUACAGCAGGAUUCCAAGUAAAGAGAAAAGAAGCUGCUAUUACCGCAUGUGUGUCAUCUGUUGUCAAAUGAGCACAUUGUGAGGUCUAGAAUAUUAUUCACAGAACUACUAGUUAUUUAUUCACAAUAAUUCCUCCACAACUAUCAGUUUUCAUUUAUAAUUUAUUCACGAGAUUACAAUACAAUGAGAUAGAAGCAAUUUAUAUCAUUUUAUAUAAAUUUUUUAUAAUUUUUCAGUAAGCUUGCUACUAAUUUCUGAUUUUCUAUCCUUUCAGGUUUGACAAUUCUCUUGCCAAAAUGGCUAAAAAAUUUGAUUUUUCAAAGCCCAGUGAUGUUGACGAUAUGAUGACACUUCUCCUUGCUGAUGGUGAUUCUGAAGAUCCAGCUCUGGUUGAGGAUUUAGGUGACGAGAGUGAUAUCACAUCUGAAGAAAAGGUAGAAGAAUGUCAGGAGGACUCUGCUACUGAACAAGAAUACAACAGUACAUCUGAAGAUGAAGAAGAGGAACAUGCAGUUGAGGAUUUCUUCAUAGGGAAAGAUAAAACUACAAAGUGGACAAAAAAACCGCCAUCAGCUUUUCAUAGGGCAAGGAGGCACAACAUAAUUAUGCACCUUCCUGGUGUAAAAGGUGAUGCUAAAAAUGCAACUACAAUUUUGCAAUGUUGGGAAUCACUUUUUGAUACAGAACUUUUGGAGUUGAUCGUCAGAUUCACCAAUCAAUACAUAAAUUCGAUCAAAGAAAACUUUUCAAGAGGAAGAGAUGCCAAGGAAACAGACUUGAUUGAAAUAAGGGCUUUCAUUGGUCUGCUAUAUCUGGCUGGAGCUUACCGGGGAAGUCGUCAGAGUUUAGAGGAGCUGCGGGGGAGUGAAGGGGAUGGUAUUGAGAAAUUCGGCCUUGUAAUGAACAUCAAGCGUUUCAAAUUUAUCUUACGCUGUCUUCGUUUUGAUGAACGAAUAACACGAUCAGAACGCAAAACAUAUGAUCGCCUCACCCCUAUUCGUGAACUUUUCAAUCAAUUUGUUCAAAACUGUCAGAAAAGUUACAUACCUGGAGAAUAUGUUACUAUCAAUGAGAUGCUGCCAGGGUUCCGUGGAAGGUGUUCAUUUCGCCAGUAUAUUCCAUCAAAGCCCACCAAAUAUGGUAUAAAAAUUUUUGCUCUGGCUGAUUCUCGUACAAUAUAUGUUCAUAACAUGGAAAUCAAUGCAGGAUGUCAGCCAGAAGGACCAUUUUGUAUCAGCAACAAGCCCAGUGAUGUGGUGAAGAGGAUAUCUGAACCACUCAAUGGUUCCGAGCAAAACAUCACUGCUGAUAAUUGGUUUACUGAACUUGUGGACGAAUUGAAAGAGAAGAAAUUGUCGUAUGUUGGAACUUUGAAGAAAAAUAAAUGUCAGUUACCAACUAGCUUUGUGAAUGUAAAAGGAAGGGCCCCUUACUCCUCUAUGUUUGGAUUCCAUAAUGGAAAAACUUUGGUGUCCUACAUACCGAAAAAGUCGAGAAAUAUACUGCUUGUAAACUCCCUCCACAGGAACAACGCCAUCAAUGAUGAUUCAGGAGAGAAGAAGAAGCCAGAAGUUAUCACUUUUUAUAAUAGCACUAAAGGUGGGGUCAACACUGCUGAUCAAAUGUGUAGUACGUUCAGUGUAAGCCAUAACACAAGAUGCUGGCCUAUGGUUAUCUUUUCGGCCUGCCUUAACGUUGCUGGCAUCAAUGCGCAAGUUAUAUCAAUGGGAAAUCAAUUGGAGCCUAUGAGACGAAGAAUUUUUCUCAAAACGUUGUCACAUCAACUUGUGAUGGGACAAUUGGCCCAUCGAAGUCUUCAUACAAGUGGAAUGACAUUUCAAUUGCAGACUCGCUUGAAAAGGUAUUUGCCUGAUGAGGAACCUGUGACUACCCCACCAUGUGCAGCACCACCAGCUCCCCAAAGAAGAAAGUGUGGAGUAUGCUGGCAAGGAGCAGGAUUCAGGAGGAUUACAAAGUACGAGUGUUCAUGCUGCCAUCAACCAAUCUGUCUAACCCAUGUAAAACCACUGUGCCAAACGUGUUUUGCACCAACUAUAGUUAAUUUGGGAGUCUCAACCUCGCAAAAUGACUAAGAUUGUGGACAGUGAAGAACUAUUACACAAUGAUCAAGAAAAGUUUGAAUAAAUUCAGAUUAACAUUUUUCAAUUUUCUAUUUUUCUCAGUAUUCAAUUUUUUUUAGUUUAUCAUUCUAGUAUACUGUUCAAUAAACUAGUUUUCGUAUUCAA